GAAAGUUGCUCGAGGUCAACACGUGCCUUCAUCCGUUCCUUCGGUCGGAGUCCACCAGAUCAACGACCAGCGUCGAAAGGAACGAUCUUUAAACCCAAACAAUCUCCAUACUCACCUCGAUCGAGGGAUUCUUCCGAACCCCAAGUUCUUCAAUCCCCGAUUUCGGAUCCAAUCCAGCAUCUUCCGAUCACCGAUCUGCUCCCGAUCGGGCCUCCCGCAAGGAGAUUCGAAGAAGAAGAAUCGUGGGUCAUGGAGAAGGUGAUGAGCAUGAUCAAGCCCAAGGCGAACCCUCAGCAGCAAUUGCGGGACUGGCAGCGUCGUCUCCGCCAGGAGUGCCGCAACAUCGAGCGCCAAAUCCGAGAUAUCCAGAGGGAAGAGAAGAAUGUGCAGAAGGCGAUCAAGGAAGCCGCCAAGAGAAAUGACAUGGGCUCGGCUAAGGCACUUGCUAAGGAAAUUGUGAUGUCCAAAAAAACAGUGAACCGUCUUUAUGAAAAUAAGGCACAACUGAACUCAAUAUCAAUGCACCUUGGAGAAAGUGUUGCAAUUGCUCGGACAGUGGGGCACUUGUCUAAGAGUUCUGAGGUUAUGAAGCUUGUUAAUGACCUCAUGAAAGCUCCUGAAAUGGCUGUUACGAUGAGAGAGUUCAGCAAAGAAAUGACCAAGGCUGGUGUGAUAGAAGAAUUUGUGAACGAUGCGGUUGACACAGCUCUUGACACGGAGGACAUGGAAGAGGAGAUAGACGAAGAGGUUGAUAAGGUCUUGACAGCCAUAGCCGGUGAGACAGCUGCUCAACUUCCAGAGGCAGUGAGGAAGCAAAAGGUGAAGCAAUCUGCUCAACCUGCUGCAGAAGAGGAUGAAGCGAUUGCCGAGGGUGCUGAUGAUGAGGAAGAACUAGAAGAAAUAAGAGCUCGCCUUGCAAAAGUUAGGUCUUAGUUCCAUUUUUCUACUGUUCCACACUUUGACAGUCCAAGAGGUGGGGAAAGGAGCACGGGCAAACUAUUUAGCCUAACGUUGGAGGACUGCGGUUCCUCUUUACUGUAUUCUGGUUGAUGUAGAGGAGAUCCUAUAUAACACUUGACGGGUAAUGACACAUGGUGUGAUGUUGUAUAAAUACGCGAGUUAUGUGUAAACUUGAGCUCGUGGUGAAUAUUUGGCAUGUGGGUCGACAAAUUCACCGAUAUCGUGUAACACUCGAGCCAGAGCUUCCAUUCUUUCAAUACAGGAAAUGACGUGGAUCUUUCCGACUA